AUGUUUGUGAUUGCGGAGCCUUUUUUAUGUGAUGAACAAAUGGAUGAAGUUAAAAAAAUGCUUGGUUUUGACUAUGGGUUUUCAAAUGGUGCGUGGAAUGGGAAAUUGUGGAUGCUGUGGAUGAAUGAUGUUAAUGUAAGCAUGGUUAGUUGUGGAAGCCAACAAAUUUCUGUUCUUGUGGCUAAUGGUGGGAUGAAAUGCAAAAUUUCUUUUGUUUAUGCUAAAUGUUUAUGUGAGCAAAGGAGGGUGUUGUGGGAUGAGCUUGCAAGGGAGAGUAAUUCUAAUGAUCCUUGGUUGGUGACAGGGGAUUUUAACAUUAUAGCGAAUGAUGGGGAGAGACGUGGUGGUAGGCCUAGAUCUAUGGUGGCCAUGGAGGAGUUUAAUUCUUGGAUACAUAAUUGUGGUUUAAUGGAAUUGAAAUAUUUGGGUAACUGUUAUUCUUGGUGCAAUGGGCAUGUCGGAAAUUCAAGGAGUUGGGCUAGGUUGGAUCGUUCCUUGGUUGAUCAACAUUUUCUUGGUGCUUUUCCAGAUUCAGUUAUGAGAUAUUUACCUCGUACAUCAUCGGAUCAUGCUCCUAUGGUCAUUUCGUUUGUGAAGUGUUUUGAAGGCUAUGGGCCGGCGCCUUUUCGUUUUCAGCAAAUGUGGGUGGAUCAUGUUGAUUUUGAUAGAUGUGUUCGUGAGGCUUGGGACCAAGAUGAUGCUGGUUGUGCUCUUAGAAAAAUGGUGGCAAAAUUAAAAAGGGUAAGAGUUGCUCUAAAAGCAUGGAAUAAGGUAGUUUUUGGGUGGACGAGUGGGCACAUUCAGGAGUUGGAGGCUCGUAUAGAGAGGUUGGAUGAACAGUUGCAAGUGAGAUAUGAAGAAGAUGUGGAGCUGGACCUGUUGGCUUCAAAGAUGGAACUGGACACCUGGACCAAUCGUGAAGAGAUCCGGUUGGCUCAGUGUGCCAAAGUUAGAUGGUGGAAUCAUGGCGAUAAAAAUUCCAUGUAUUUUCAUGCUCUUCUUAAUAAAAGGAAGCAAGCUAGGAUUAUGGAGAUGAGUCUUUCUAAUGGUACUACGUUAAAAACACCGCAAGAUAUUCAUGAUGGUGCUGUGAAAUAUUUCAUGGAUUUUUUGGGUGAAUCUAAUAGUGUAGUACUUCCAGAUUUGGGGGAUUUAGUGUCUAAUGUGAUUUCGGAAGAGGAUAAUUUGAGGCUUUGUUCUUUGCCUACCGAAGAAGAGGUGAAACAAGCUGUUUUCAGUAUUCCUAUAGAGAGUAGUCCUGGCCCAGAUGGGUUUGGUUCAGGUUUCUAUCGUGCUUGUUGGGAUAUUGUGCGUGUGGAGGUGGUGGAGGCUGUAAGGGAGUUUUUUAAGGGAGUUCCUUUCCCUAGAUUUUAUACGGCUUCUUUUGUUGUGCUUAUUCCCAAAAUGGCUCAGCCGACGGGUUUUGAUAAGUUUCGUCCUAUCAGUUUAUGUUCUGUUUUCUACAAAAUCUGCACUAAAGUUUUGGUGGCAAGACUUGCUCCUCUAUUGCCUGCUAUGAUCUCCUCUGAACAGUGUGCCUUUAUUCAAGAUGAUGUAGUUAUAUUCACAAAUGGAAGGAAAAAGUCGAUGCGAGAAUUGAUGAAAGUUAUUGAGACUUAUGAGUCUUGGUCCGGGCAACGAGUGAGUAAGGAAAAGACAGCAAUAUAUUUUGCAAAGCAAUUCUCUACAAGGCGGAAGAGGGAUCUAAUGAAUAGCACUGGUUUUAUAGAAGAUGGUAAGGGGAAAAAGAAAUGGGUGGGGUGGAAGGCGAUGUGUAAGCCAACUGAAGAGGGGGGGAUUGGGCUGCGUGAUUUUGAUGAGGUACAGCUUUCUUUACACAUGAAAUUUGCAUGGAAAAUUAUGACUGGGACUGAUCUUUGGUCACAAUUUUUUCGUGCUAAAUAUGUUGGGGAUAACCAUAUCUCUUUAAUGGAUCCUAAGAAGGGGUCAAGAUUUUGGAAAAUGGUGGUUAAAUGUAUUCCAGCGGUGUUAGAAAAUUCAAAAUGGAAAGUUCGUGAGGGGAAUAUUUCUUUUUGGUGGGAUAACUGGUUAAAUGAAGGUCCUCUUGCUAAUUCUUAUCCAGUGAUUGAUGAAUCUAGUAUGAGGUUAGCUGAUGUUAGAAUUGAAAAUGGUUGGGAUAUUGAUGUGUUGCACAGAUUAGUGGGAGCGCAAAAAACAGAGGAGAUUUGUAGCUUUUUGGGUGCUCACAAAGAUGGUCAGGAUUUACUUGUUUGGAUUCAUAAUAAAGAUUGA